AUGUCCACUUCUGGGGCUCGUCACCUGCACAGGCCAGCUUGCAAAUCGUAUGUUUGCCUGUAUCAAAAUGAGAAAUUCAAGGGAGUCUGUUCAGCCUUCGAGUCGGGAGGCGCCUGCGAAUGUGGAAGUGGCCCGAACUCGUGGUCCAGAAAUUCUUCAUGGCGUUCGUCAGAGAAUCGAGACCAUCUCCUCUUUUCCACGGUUUGUAAUUUUCUGAGUUUCCUAAAAAUGAAGCUCUUGUAAUUCUUGGUGCUACUUCUGAUUAGGCGCAGACUUGUUCUGCGCCAUUUGAGUUUAGGUUUGAGGAUUUCUUUGGAGAAAAAAGUAACAUCCACCUUAGGAGCUCCAGAGUAAUCCCUAUAGGGGCAACCUUAGGGGCCCUUGGAAGUUGAACUUUAUCAACCCCUAUAGUGGUUUCAGUUAGUGACCCCUAUAGGGGACAUGCUAAAGUGUCUUUAAAUGAAAAAUCGGACCAUGGGAAAUGAAAAAAAAAGGAAAAAUCGGACCAUAAAGUUUUUCGGAUAAAGCUGAAAGACCUUUAUAGGUAUCACCUAAGCUUUAGGGGCUUGGGUCAGACCCUGAAGCCCUAUAGGGACCGCUUUUUCGGCCUCUAUAGGCUAGGGAGCGCAAAGCCCCUCCCCUUCACGCCACCAAAAUGA